AUGCGGAUUCUGGACAUGGCAUGGCAGCAAGGCGAUGCGUUCGCCAACUCGGUGGACGAUAUACAACACCCAGUAGUGCGCCGCACACCGCCAUUCUCUGGCCCUGCCGGAGCCAUUGCGGGCAACGACACCACUCAAUGGCAGACCUGA